AUGUCAGAACCAACGUCUGCGUCGCCGGCGCCACGGAUUGCCAUCAGGUUUGGCGCUCCGUCGUCCUCAUCAAAGCCACCAAACGGUUCGAAACGCCCGGCACAGUCGCAGCCACCAUCUACGCUCGGCAAACGCCCUCGACCACAUGCCCUGAACCAAGACUCGGAUUCCGACGACGAUGACAGCUCUCAUGGCAGGCACGAAGUAGUGACGUCGUUUGGCGACAAAGGCGCUGUCAACGACGUCAAACGGAGAGAAGCGAAAGCUGCUCGGGACGCACAAAAGCCCUUGACAAUCGCAUGCCAGGCAAAUCGCGACUGGAAGGCAGAGACUCGGGCUCAGCGGGGUGAGCUUUUGCCCCACGAGCGCGAGAACCGUUUCAAGGGUCAGAAUCAGGAGACAGAACCUGCGGACCAGGACAAGGGAAUCAAGUGGGGUCUUACUGUGACCAAGAAAGCUUCCGGCGACGAACAACCUAUCACCGAGGCCAACGACGAGUCCCCUACAGACCAGGAAGGAGACCGACGAGCGGAGCCGGCUGGUCAGCAACACGCGCAGAACGUUGACCAGGAUGCCAUAGACGCUCUACUCGGGAAGGAUAACGGAAAGAAAAGGAAGCUGGUCAUCUCGGAAGAUGAUGCGUUGAAGCGUGAUUACAGUGCCGUUGGCGAAGUCUCAACCCUGGAGGAAUACGACCAGAUACCAGAUGGCGAGUUUGGCCUGGCUAUGCUUCGUGGCAUGGGCUACGACGGCAAGAACCAAGGAUCGAAACCCAAAGAGGUCCGCCGAAGGCCAGCCCUCCUAGGGCUCGGAGCCAAGGAGGACGAAGAGAUCAAGAAGGCCGAGCUUGCCAAGAAGUAUGGACAUCGCGAGCGCCGACCGCGCCUAGACGAAUAUCGAAGGGACAAGGAAAAGGAGCGCCAGCAGCGAGAAGAGCGGCACUCAUCCAGUUACAAGAAACAUGGCCACGCUGGACCAAAGGCUCUACCUUCUGCACGCUCGCCUGCCGCUUUGCCCAGUAUGAGAGACACCGUCAUCAGACAGUCUGUUAUUCCUGUGUACGGCGGAUAA